UUGUUCUUAUUAAUAAUUAUAAUUAUAAUUAUUACUUCCCCACAACUUAAUAUCUUAGCUACCUGCAUGAUUAACUCAUCCAUGAACCACAAAAAUCUUCACGGCGGGGACGAUGAUAAUAAAAAAGAACCCAUCAACAGAUAUGUUACUAUUUAUAGCGGAGAGGAAGGCGGCGAGGCGAGAGAACGGCCGGCGGGGGCGGUGGAGGAGGAGGGGGACGGCGACAUCCCGGCGAGGGAGCGGCUGAAGAGGCACCGGCGGGAGGUGGCGGGGCGGGUGUGGGUCCCGGAGAUGUGGGGCCAGGAGGAGCUUCUCAAGGAUUGGGUGGACUCCAGCUGCGCUUUUGAUGCUUCUUGGAUGAACGCCAGCAUUAUCUUGGCUCGUUCCGCUCUGGUGGAAGCCGCCGGCAGAACAACGCCGCCGCAGCAGCCUCGCCGUCCCGCUUCCGCCGCCACCAGAUAAAGAUCAAUAAUAGACAGCACUCCUUAGUUUGUUUACGAAGUACUACAUUAUAUAUUCUUUCUUUCUUUUGGUUAUUCCACUCUUCUUGAAUUUAGUUCUUUGUUUCCAGAAUACUUUAAAUUCAAGUCUGUCUGUAACUAAAUUAAAUCCAGCUCU